ACAAGUUUAUUAUUGUUUACAUCAGCAGGACCUUAAGGUUUCUAAAAUGGCCCACUAUUUAUGGGCUCUGGAUGCCAUUGACGAUAUUGAUAGAGUACGUAUCCCACGUAGGAUUGUGGUCGACAGAAGGGAUUACUUUCAGUCAAUGAACGAUGAGGAAUUUCUGAAAAAUUUCCACUUAUCCAAAUGGAGUGUACAAGAAGUGUUGAGAGAGAUUCACCUGCCUCUUUCCAAUGACAGAAGAGGCUGUCCGGUGCCACCUGUUAUGCAAACACUGAUCACACUUCAUUGGCUAGCCACUAAAAAUUUACAGAGUUCAGUUGCAAAAAUGUUUGAUGUUUCACAAUCAUUUGUUAGUUCAUGUAUAUCCACAACAUUACAAGCAAUUGCUAAUUUGCUUGAGUUGUACAUAUACUUCCCUGGAAAAGAAGAUCUUCCAGUCAUCAGCGAAGAGUUUUCCUCCAUAGCAAACUUUCCGGGUGUUAUGGGUGCCAUCAACUGCACAUACAUCCCCUUAAUGAAACCUAGUGGCCUUCAACUAAAGAAGUUCUGGUGCAUGAAAGGAUUUUAUGCUUACUGUGUUCAAGCCAUUUGUGGUCCAAACCUCAAAUUCUUUGACUUGGUACCAUAUUGUCCUGGUGGUUUUGGAAAAAACAGAAUAUUUUAUAACAGCAAUAUUUGCAAGCACCUGGAGGAGAAUAGAUGUAAAUAUCCUGGGCAUUUGUUAGGCAACUCAGAUUAUCCUAAUCUUCCAUACCUCCUAACUCCUCUCCCAAAUGCAUGCAACCACAGCGAGUUAAAGUAUAAUCAGUCUCAUGCAGAAACAAAACGCUGCAUUCAGAAAGCAUUUGUGAUGUGGAAGAGAAGGUUCAGACGGCUGACUGUCCCCUUUAAAACCAACCUUGACACUGUUGUAAAAUCUAUCUGUGUUACUGCUGUUCUGCAUAACAUUGCCAUACAGCACCAAGAUCCACUUCCUGCAAGUGAUGAUAUUCAUGAAGAGGAGGAGAAUGGUAAUGUAGAAGAUGUAAAUGAAAAAGCCAGACUCAUAUUAGAGGGAAGGUUGAAGAGGUCUGAUAUAAUUCAGCACACCUUUUAAUGAUGAGUUUUGUUUUUAGUUUGAAAUUGACAGUCAUCACCAGUUUGCAGCAAGGUUUUAUCUGCCUGUUUCUUAUUAAUUGUAGUUAUCAUUGAGGAAGAUGUCCAGCUUCAACCACAGUGUGCAGCAGAUAUUCUGCAGUCAUCUCAGGUCAAAACAGUGAUUACUGUAUAGGGAUUGUGAAUAUGACUGUCAUUGGGUAGUUGAAUUAACAAAUGUACCUACAGUAUU